AUGAGCCUCAUCACGAUGGCCGGGGCACUCCGCGAACUCAUUGAGCUUUUGCUGACUGAAAUUGCCAUCAGCGGCACCGACGGAACCCCCUUGGCGGACAUAUGGAGUCUGGUUGAAACCUUUUAUAAUUCCAAGUCAUCCGACCCCGGGCAUGACACGGCUUUCCAUCUGGAUCGCGCCCUACAGGAAGACCUCUGGGAGUGGUUGACGUUGAACCCAGAGGUCUCCGUCGGCAAGAAUAAGGAGCACAAUGGCCUGAGCUUAUCUGAAGCGGAGGCAAACUCGGAACUUCGGCUUUUUGUUUCCGAGGAACGCACUUGGAAAGCCCUCACAGGUCACGAAAAGGACGAAUCUAGAGUCCCAGCUACCGAGUUCUUCUUGCUUUCUAUAAUCGCCUCUUACCGGUCUCAGGGAAUUUUGCAGACCGAAUUGGUUCGUCGUAGUGGCCAGGAUGCUCGGUCAGUGCCGAAACGGACCGACGCAUUGAGGACAAAGGGCUACAUCGACAAACGUCAAGUGCAAGCUAAGUCGGCAAAAACUAGCCUGUGCACGCUUUCAAGGUUCGCCAAUCUUGGCGAUGGUGACGCCGAAGGGCCGGCAGCCAAGUCGGCACAAUCCGAGGACAUGAUUGACUUCGAUAGCUUUUGUCAGGACAUAUUCCGCAUCCUCAAGAAAUAUCAGAUCAUAGCUCGGAGUGACCUUAAAGAUGAGCUUGGUUUUGGUGACACAUGGCGACGGCGUAUAUUGAGCAGAGCGGUUCGGAAACUUGAGGCUAUCGGUUGUGUGCAACGAGUUAAAGCACGAUCGCAGUUCCACGACACUAUGGAUACUCUACAUCCCUGCGUUUUGUUGGUUCGUGAACCCACAGAGGUCGACUUGAAGUUGUUCAAAAGUGACUACAAGACUAUAUUGUCCGCAACGGAUCAAGAAAACGAAGAAGCAGAAGAACAAGCGGACGUACAGGCCUAUGACCACAGACUCAUUCGAUGGACCCCCGAUGCAAAUUUUGCAAACAUCAUUGCUUGUCUUAUUAAAGAAAGCGGCAUUGCAGGAAAAACUAAUGCCGAAGUUAUCAGAGAUGGCUUUGGAAAAGUCUUUCGUCGCCCAAGUGAAAACACUUUGAAUCGCAUCACUGAGUGUUGGCAGCUUUCCCAACCAUCGCAUCUCAGAGGUAGCGCCAUCGUCCGAGACACUGCAUUGAAUGGCACGGUGACACAUUACGUUCACUAUUCAUAUUCUAAUUUUAAGCAGCUAGUCGAAACUGGCCGCGCUGAUUGGGAAGCGGUGACUUUUCGUCCGAGAGACACUAAAAGCUCCAAGCUUGCUAUGCCACCCCCAGAUACUCUGCCCACGACGGACCAAGACGGCUUGGCACCUUUCAAAGCUCAUCGAAGAGGAGUAACCGAGCGUGAUCACUAUUGUGUGGUGUCAUUCAAGGGACCUGCCAGCUAUACAACCACUAAAAGCGAUCCUGUCCCUAUGGCAAAUCAAAAUGGCGAAUUUGUGGCUGUAUUUCCACGUGAUAUAGACAGUUUCCCGGGUCAUCGGUCCUUUCUCAAACCGCCAACGACCCAUAAAGCGGUUGAGAAGACACUGAUCGAAUCUCUGCCGGAUCCUGUCGUUGAGACCUUGGUCGAGACCCCGAGGUAUGCGCCAAUGACGAAAGCAGAAAAGAUCGAAGCGGAGCUCAAGAAAGGUGAAAAGUCUGCCAGAGAGGUUUUUGCAGCAUUCGGUCUAGACGAAAGUUGGACACAUGUAGCCGUGCGGCUGAUGGAGCGAAAUGCUCCUGGGGUCUAUAUGACGGCCAAAGGAAAAGCACGACCUGCCGGCAAACGUCAGGGGCGUCCCAAGGAAAGCCGAAUCGCAAUCUUCAGGAGCUCCGGUCUCAUCGGUUACCUCAAAUCACUUCCCCGAGCUGCAACAGAUGUUUCUUAUGCUCCUAAUCUACGAACACCUGUCUCGCGCCCAGCACGAGCCAUUUGCCAAGAACCGUCAAUCAUGAUCUCAAAAGACGAUUCGACAUCAGAGACGAUGCAUAUAUCAGACCAAACAAAUCGCGAAUCCGCUUCUUCAAUCCCUGAAGUUCAAGUUGACAAACAGGAUGAUGUCGUACCUACAUCGGUGAUCCCCGCAUCCAGGUCCACUGCGUCAAAAUCCCCGAAAAUUAACCCCAACGCCCCUGAAACACAGGACGCUACCAUUUUGGAAGCUGAAGGACUACCUGCAAAGCCUACGACACCAGCGGCGAGACGUGUCCCUGAGAAUAAUCAGUCGGAGCCUGACGUCCCUACGCAUUUUUCGAAAACCAUUCUAUCAGAUGCAAUAGAAAAUACAGCUGAAGCUACCAUUUCUGGCCCCGUACAUGAUGCGAUACCUCCAACCCCGGUCAUAUAUUCCAAAAGCCGACGUUUGGACAAAGAAGGUUCUGUUGCUCGUUUGAGGCGUACUAUUAUCAUGGAUAUUAUAAACCAGGCUGGAGGGGCGUUUCCAUCAGGAAGUGAAAUUUGGCACGCAUAUUCCACGGUGUGGAUGAAGCAUCUCAAGCAUACUGAGAAGCCGGAUUCACGAACGAUAAGAAAUGUGGUAAAACAUCUUGUUGACAGUGGGAAGUUACGACAGAUAACGUUCAGUGGCAAAGGUCCAAAAGGCUUCAUGGUUACCCGCAGUAUCGUCAUGACACCAGAACUUAGUCCUUCUAGUCCAUUGGUGACAAGAAUGCAGGAGGAGGUCUUGAAGUCAAACUACUAUGUGCCAGAUAAUGUCGAAGUAGACGCCAAUAUUACGAGGAUCCUACGCGGUCUCAGUGGUGCGCCGACAGGCAUUUACACCAAACAGUUGCCUAUUGAGCCCGCAAUAACCGUCAACCUACGGACAAAGCCUGCAUCUGUCAUAGCAGUAGAGAGAAGAAAAGAGCAGGCUAUACACAAACAACUGUCAAAGCCCAUUCGGUUGAUGGGUAUCAAGCACAAAGGCAGACAUCACACUUCCGAAGGUAUCACUUCAUUCUCCCGGCCGGUGAGCAAGAGAGUCAUGAAACGUCAACCUCGGCCGCCUCCUGAAAUCGAAGGACAGCCACUGGAAGAAUCUAUACCUACGGAUAUCGAUGUUCUCCCGUCUACAAAAAUUAAACGUCGAUCGCGUCAGACGUUGUCAGAUCGACCACUCUCAGAAGUCAAACGACGUAAACGAACAUAUGCGGAUUCCCGAUAUGAUCGAUUUCUGGGCGACCUUGAAGAUGUUUCGCAAUGGGAAUUAAGGAAUAUGUUAUUGGAUGACGCCGAGAGAGAUUCAGCUUUCUAUCCAGACUCCACAGAAGAUGACACUAGCUUCAUUCACCACACUGUCAAUGAAGCCUUCGAACAAGCACCGAUCGUCGGCAAUAUACGCUUUGCAGGGGAGAAAGAAACGAGACAGAUUUCGUCUUCCAUGCCAAGUCUCAGAAGACGACAACGCAGAUCCUCCAUUGCUCCUGAAACGAUAUUCAAGCCUGUAACGUCGCGAGAGCAGGCGUCCGCCGAGAAUGCACCGAAGCUAUGGUCCAUCGCUCAAACUCAGCAACCAACAGAAGAAGAAUUGUAUAUACAAGCUACUGCUUCACAAGCGCUUCAGCCAUCAAUUUCAGUGGAAGAAGAAGAAGAAGAAGUGCUCUACGAUCAUCAGGCUGAAGGAAAGGCCAGCUCGGCUUCAGUAAGGAGAAGACGCAGAGGGUUGAAGUAUCUGUCCAGCUCGAUGAUUGAACGGAUCAAACACGGAAUAGUUGUCGUUAGAACUAUCGCUGGAGGAACUUUUGGCAGGACUGUGGAUUGGGAUUUGGUGACCAAGGCCUUUCCGCAAGAAGAUCCAGAAGCAAUCAGAAUGACCGGUAGACUGCUUUUGAAUCGUGACCGACGCCAGCUCGCACAGAUGCAGGAUGAAUUUCGGGUCAAACUACUCGCUGAAUAUAGGAAAGAGAAUUCCUCAAUUCCGACUAUCAACUUCAAUAACAUGGCAUCUUAUGACUGGGAUGCGGCAGUCACAUGGGCAACUGCACAGUACUACUCACCUUCGGCUCGAGAUGUACCUAUGUUGCCAGGAUCGCGGGCACGUUUGGUACAGGACCUCGCACAUCGCAUAGAUCAAGUCUCUGAUGAAUUCGAAAUGAUUUAUACGUCCAAUCCUGCAUUGAGCCUCGCGAAACGAGAGUCACUUUUUGCCUCACGACCAUUUCUGAGCAAGCUGAGUACUGCGGACAACGCCAGUCGCAAUCCAAAUGAAGACAAGAAAGCAGCCAAAUGCUGGAUAUUAUCAAAUAUAGUCGCCAAAGAAGAAACGUACGAUGCUAACGAUGCCAGCAGUAAAUUAUCGCGGCUUUCGAAUGGGAUUGUCGAAGAGGCAAUCAAGGAGCUCAUCCGUGAUCGCUUCAUUUCGCAUGUCAAUCGUGGCCGUGUUGUUCCGGGCCGCAAUUUCAUUUUCACGGAUAACCUUCAUCUGACCUUUGGACGCAGAAGAGCGAUCGACUCAGAAAUCCUCCACCAAGCCUCAAGAUUCAAGCGUGUGCUUGACGAUGAUUUUAAACGCGACGGGGUAUCUCAAAUAAAAUAUGAUGCAUCAGAUGGAGAAGUCCUUGCAGUCAUGGCGUUGGCAGCCAAAGGACGGGUGCAUAUCUUUCCUAACGAUCCUCCUGCAGAUCCAUUUGGUCUCACUGAAGGUAAUUAUGAAACACGAACUUUGGACAAAGCAAUUUUCAAAUUCCAGGUGGAUGUCGUUCCGGACAGCGGCAGAUACGAAUAUGGUAAUCCUGUUAGGAACAAAACUAGUGAGCGCUACCCGCCUAUUGAAGACGAGGAAAUAAAUUGUCUUAUGAGUGGCAACGGAAGCAAUAAGCCUUUGGCAAAGCUUCCAUUGUGGUUGGAUAUCAAUGGCAACGUGCACGAGGACUUAUGGGAGUCCAUUGUAUCGGCAAUAGUGGGUAUUCUUGCAAUACGGCCGAAGAUUGACUAUGUCAAUCUUCACGAGCAACUCCAGAAAUUCCUAGCACCCUGGGAUAUCGAACGUGUGCUUGUCUGGCUUGAGAAGAAUGGAUUGGCUGAAAACGAAGGUGGUGCUGGUGAUCAGGGUAUCUGGUCAGUAAGAGAGUACUGGUGGAUGAUCUGGGCUUGA